UCCAAUCAUAGCUUUUUACUCCUCAUAUCACUAAAUAAUACAAAAUGUCUGGUUCUGGUGCUUCCGGUAACAAGUUCCGUAUGUCUUUGGGUUUGCCAGUCGGCGCCGUCAUGAACUGUUGUGACAACUCCGGUGCUAGAAACUUAUAUAUCUUGGCCGUCAAGGGUUUCGGUGCUAGAUUGAACAGAUUGCCUGCUGCUUCUGCUGGUGACAUGGUUAUGGCCACCGUCAAGAAGGGUAAGCCUGAAUUGAGAAAGAAGGUUAUGCCAGCCAUCGUUGUCAGACAAGCUAGACCAUGGAGAAGAAAGGAUGGUGUCUACUUGUACUUCGAAGACAACGCCGGUGUCAUUGUCAACCCUAAGGGUGAAAUGAAGGGUUCUGCCAUCACUGGUCCAGUUGCCAAGGAAUGUGCUGACUUGUGGCCAAGAAUUGCUUCCAACUCGGGUGUUGUUGUUUAAGUAAAAUAUUUAGCUAAUAACAUAUAACAAACUGAUCGAUUAGAUAUCAAA